UCAAAACAGUGCCGUGUUGAGAGGCUUCCUGACAAACUUCCUAACCCCAGAAAAGUAAUCCGUCAACAGGAACACAUCUUUAUAAGAAGCCUUUCACUCAUAUAAUCUAUCAAGAACUAUUUGUCUGUGUGUAUCGAUGAUGGCUCAACCAAGCUAUGCACCUUUGUCCUCUCCAGUCUCUGUGAUAGGGUCUCAGUUCAUGUCACCAUAUCAACUUGAUAUUAUAGUUGAUAGAAAUCCAAAAGGAAACGUUGAGAUUACUGAUAUGAGCAAUAAAAUCAUGCUUAAAGUGAAACGAUGUGAUACAUCCUUUCAUUAUCAACGAGUGCUACUCGAUGUUGAUGACAAACCCAUCGUUACAAUGCGUAAGAAGAUCAUGAGUGAACACGAUAGGUGGAAUGUAUUCCGGGGUGACAGUAAAAGCAAAUCGGACAUGGUAUUUACCACAAAAACAGCUCACGUGUUCCAAUCUAAGACCAAUGUACAUGUGUUCCUGGCAAACAAAACCGGUAGUAAAGAUGUUUGUGAUUUCAAGAUAACAGGAAGCUGGUCGAAGAAAAACUGCACUAUUUAUAUGGGAGAUACUUCAACAACAAUAGCCCAAGUGAAUAAAAUGCAAUCAUCUGAGAAUAUAAAACUCGUUAAGGACAAAUUCAUGGUGACAAUUUAUCCCAAUGUUGAUUACGCCUUUGUGGUUACACUUAUAGGGAUUGUUGAGGCUAUGAAAAGCUCUAACACAAAAGGUACUGAAGUUGCUGCUGGAUCAGCGGUGGGUGCAGUUCUUGGUGCAUUUUUUUCCUAGUCAUACUAGUUGCAUUCUAUAUGACAAAUUCCCAUUUUGUUAGUUGUAAUUUGUGGAGAAAAAUAAUGUGUGGUUAGGAUAGUUUUGACAGUUUGUAUAUGUGUGUAGAAGUAGUUAUACAACAACCCAAAAAUAUCAAUGAUUGCAGUAUAAAUAUGUGGAGUAUCAUCAAGAAUGGUUUUCUCAAACCCACAAACCGAAAGAAAGACAAAAACAGUUUGUUUCAUUUAUGAUCAUGCCAAUGGGAAGGUGAGUUUUGAGAGAAUUUGACAUUGUAAGAUUUAUAUGGAAGUAUUUCCGAUGAUAAAUCUAUGCUUAGCGUGGUCGGAGCAAGUGGAGGAGCCAAUGUUGAAGGAGUGGGGUGUUUGGACCCCACUUAAUUUUGGGUCCCACCAUAUAUAUAUAUAUAUAUAUAUAUAUAUAUAUAUAUAUAUAUAUAUAUAUAUAUAUAUAUAUAUAUAUAUAUAUAUAUAUAUAUAUAUAUAUAUAUUAUUUUUUUCUUUUUUUAAGAAUGGUCCACUUUGACUUUAGUUGGCACCCAUCCAAAGUACAUCCGAUUUCCUUUUUUGGAAAUGUACACCCAAUUCCUAAACAUGCAAUUUGUUUGCUUCACUUCUUUUAUUUUAUCUUCUUUUUUCUUUUCAACCUAGCCACAGCCGCACCAUGGCAUCAAAUCACCAUUCCAUAAAAAAAAUAACUUCGUGGAGAUCAUAGACUAUCAUCGCCUAAACUGAUGCCGACCGUGACGACCUGAGUGUGCCUUCGACCUCCGCUUCCCCUGUUCUCUCGAUCUACCUCCGUAAAUCUUUAUCUCUAAAUAUGUAAUAUAUUUGAUUUUAUUAGGGGUUGGUUUAUAAGUUUCUUUCGUUUGGUUUGUGGACUCGAUGAAAAUUAGUUAUUCUCUUGGUUGUAUUGUUAAUUUUUGGUUUUUUAUGGGUAUAUUUGAACACCGUUAUGUAAUUAUAGCUUUGUUGAUUGUAAUAGGUUAGUGGUCCAUACAAAUAUUGAAAUUGUUUUCUUAUUGUUAGGUAAAGUACUUGAAUAAUAGAUUUGGAUUAUUUGAA